AUGCAGCAGGAGGCCCCUGAGCGCAGCCAACUGGCUGUCUUGUUCUUCCCUCAAGACAUCUUCCUCGUUAAGGUUACGGCAGAUGAACCACCGCAGCAGCAGCAGCAGCAGCAGCAGCAGCAGCAGCAGCAGCACGGGCAGCAGCAGCAGCAGCAGGGGCAGCAGCAGCAGCAGCAGGGGCAGCAGCAGCAGCGGCAGGGGCAGCAGCAGCAGGGGCAGCAGCAGCAGGAGCAGGAGGAGGAGCAGCAAGGGCAGGCCGCACGAGAAGAAGGCAGCCGGGUUCAGGUACUGUGGCGUCUCAAUGUAGAAGCAAUUAAUUCAAUUAAAAUAAGCAGCAAAGGAGUAGAGGUGAAGGCAGCAAAGACUGCAGAAGAACAUACACCCGAAAGUUCACUAGCAACUGUCUCCUCUCUGCGGCGGCCUGCGAGGGAUACGGAGGGAGACACAGACACUCCAGCAGCAGCAGCAGCAGCAGAAGCUCAGACUUACUUCAUUCCCUGUGAAGAUGCAGCACGAGCUCGCGAGGUGUAUAGGGAGCUCCUUGAAAUUAAAAGAGGCAGCAAAACUGUUGUUCGUCUCGUUGAUGCGGAGUUGCCUUUGCUGCAACCAGCAGCAGCAGCAGCAGCAGCACGCCAUCCUUCUCUAGAGGUGCUGGAAAGGGAGCUGCAGCAGCAGCAGCACCUGCUGCUUCCGCUGUUGCAGCGGCUUUUGCCUCCUUUAGGAGCUUCUUCCUUUCUGCGGGAGUCUGUACAGUGCCCUGCUGCAGCAGCAGCAGCAGCAGCAGCAGCAGCAGCAAGCACCCCAGCCACACAACGAGCCUGGGCCUUCUCCGAUAUCUCUGGCAUAUCGGGGGGCGCUCUGCUGCCGCCGCAGCAGCAGCAGCAGCACCUGCUGCAGCAGGGGCUCCGCGUAUCUAUCCCUUCCUCUCUACAUCGCCCGCUGUCUCCUGCCUUCCUUCUCUCCAGUAGAGGGCAGCAGCAGCAGCAGCAGCAGCAGCUUUCAGGCCUCAGCUGCUGCGUAAACAAGACAGAGGGGGGCGCCGUUGAGUGCCGGACGCUCCUCUUCCCUAGAAGACAUAGUCGGCCCCCCGCUACUGCUGCUGCUGCUGCUGCUGCUGCUGCUACUGCUGCUGCUGCAGCAGCUGCCGCCCAGCCCCAGCCUCGCAGAGGAGCUGCUGCAGUAUCAGCAGCAAAAGCAGCAGCAACAGCAGCAGCAACAGCUGCAGCCGCAACAGCAACGUCGAUGCAGCCUACACCUGAAGAGGCCCCGCCCCCCCUCACCGGCCCUCAAAGGGCUCAGGCUGAGGAGGUGGCGAGACAGCGGGGGCCCUGGAUGGAUGCAAAGGAUCCACUAGCAGAAUAUGUUAAGCUACACGGAGGGGACCGGCCUAUUCGGCGCAUAUUGAUAGCGAACAAUGGGAUGGCAGCAACAAAGGCGAUCGCCUCCAUGCGCCAGUGGGCAUUCGAAACCUUCGGAGACCCUAAUCUGCUGACGUUUGUGGUAAUGGCUUCAUCAGAAGACUUAGAAGCAAACAGCGAAUUUAUCAAGAAAGCAGACUUCAUCGUUCCUGUCCCUGGGGGCCCCAGCAGGGAGAACUAUGGAAAUGUCUCCUUGAUUUGCGACAUAGCCGUCAAACAAAAGGUGGACGCUGUGUGGCCGGGUUGGGGCCACGCGUCAGAAAACCCGUCUUUGCCUGAGCGUUUAUCAUCGUUAGGCAUUGCCUUUUUAGGCCCGCAGUCGAAAGUGAUGGCCGCACUUGGAGAUAAAAUAGCAGCUAAUAUUUUAGCACAGACAGCUCAAGUACCUGCUAUACCCUGGAGCGGUACAGGGCUUCAAGCGAAACUCGAUAAGGAUGGCAAUAUACCCAAGGAGGUGUUUGAUGCAGCAACGAUAUCAACUCUUGAGGAGUGCCGUGCUGCAGCAUCACGUGUAGGAUUUCCUUUGUUAUUGAAAGCUUCAGGUGGUGGUGGGGGUAAAGGUAUAAGAUUAUGUGAAAGAGAAGAGGACCUACAAACUGCUCUAUCACAAGUACAGUCAGAAGUUGAGGGGUCGCCGGUGUUUCUGAUGAAGCUAUGUAAGAAAGCUAGACAUAUUGAGGUCCAAAUUGCCGGUGAUAAACAUAAAAAUGCUGUUGCUCUCUCUGGAAGGGACUGCUCAACUCAGCGCCGAUUUCAAAAAAUUUUCGAAGAAGCACCGCCCACUGUCGUACCCAAACAAACUUUCAAGGAGAUGGAGCGUGCUGCUCAGCGUUUAACUCAGUCUUUAGGAUAUGAAGGCCUGGGGACGGUAGAGUAUUUAUACGACCCUCAGUCGGACUCAUUUUUCUUUUUAGAAUUAAACCCUCGCUUGCAAGUUGAGCAUCCAGUGACUGAAGCAAUAACGCAGCAAAACCUGCCGUCGCUGCAGCUGCAGAUUGCUAUGGGUAUACCUCUCUAUCGAAUCCCCCCUAUCCGCGCAUUCUUUAAUAAAGACAAAGAAGGCCAAGACCCCAUCGACUUCUUAAAAGAAGACUACAAAGACAUCAAUACCCACGUCAUAGCUGCUCGAAUAACAGCAGAAAAUCCAAGCGAGGGUUUCCGGCCUACUAGCGGGCGCAUUCACUCUCUUGACUUUAGCCCGCCGGAGAAGGUGUGGGGUUAUUUCAGUGUAUGUACAGCUGGGGCUUUGCAUGCGCAUGCAGAUUCUCAGUUUGGACAUAUCUUUGCUGCAGGAGACAGCCGCAAUGAGGCAAGACAGCGGCUGAUCUGGGGGCUGCAGCAGCUGCAGAUUAAAGGAGACAUCCUUACCCCUGCUUCGUUUCUUCAGAGAUUACUUUCACAUCCAGACUUUAUUAAUCAUACACUGGAUACCGCGUGGCUUGAUGAUAUUAUUAAAAACAAACAGCUUAUUCUCGCACCUAAUGCAGCAGAAGUUGUCUUCGCUUCUGCUGCCUUCAGAGCCAUUCAAGCCCUAGAUAAAGCGAAGGAUGCGUGGCUGUCAGCAGCAGCACGGGGUCAUCGCUAUUUACCUCCUGUGGGGCCUCUGCUGUCUGUGGAGGUGCCGAUUGCCUGGGGUGGCUAUGUUUAUAGCUUCUCUUUUUCUCGCAUGUCUCCUGAUAGUCUAGGAUUCGCAAUAAAUAAACAAAAAGGUCAGGUGUAUUACAGAAAACAAACUGAUGGUUCUUUCCUCCUCUCUGUAUAUACUGACCCGCCGCAGGAGCAGCAGGAGCAGCAACAGCAGCAACAGGAGCAGCAACAGCAGCAGCAGCAGGGGCCUCGUUUGCUGCGCUUUAGAGCUCGAGAGGAGGCACUAGGCCUGCGCUUAGACUUAGGCGGAGACAGCUUAAUGGUCUUAGACCAACGCGACCCGACAGAGCUGCUUUCAGACGUCAAUGGGAGACUCGUGCGCUACUUAGUUCAAGACGGAGACACUGUGAAGAAGGGACAGCCGUUUGCUGAGGUAGAAGCAAUGAAGAUGAUACUUACGCUUACUGCUGGGGAGAGUGGGGUGUUGAUACACCGCAAGAGUGCUGGGUCUCUGGUGCAGCAGGGCGAGCUGCUGGCGUCUCUGCAGCUCGAAGAUCCAUCGAAAGUUGUGCGGCUGCAGCCGUUUAAAGGGUCUUUAGAUUUGUCUCCCCCAGCAGCAGCAGCAGGAGGAGCAGCAGCAGGUGCUGGAGCUGCUGCGGGUGAUGCUGGCGGUGCUAGUGGUGGUGAUGCUGCUGCUGCAGCUGCCCGCAGCGCAGAGGAAGCAGCAGCCGAAGCUGCUACUGCAGCAGAAGCUAAGAUUGAGCUGCUGCUGAGCGGCUUUGUGCAGCAGCAAACACCGCAGCAGCUGCUGUCUACUGUCUUAAAGGGGCCCUGCAGCACUUCUUUGAGCUCGUUUUUAUCUUUUACUGAGCGCUGCUUCUCUCGAUUUGUGGAGACAGAGGAGUUGUUUGCUGCGAAGGGGAAUGCAGAUGCUGCUGCUGCUGUUGCUGCUGCUGCAGCAGAUACUGAGGGACAGUACAAGAUGUAUGUCUCUCAUUAUGCGCUCAAGCAUAAAGUCGAGUUGCUGCUGCUCCUCCUGAAGGAACUCACCGUGCGGCUGAGUGCAGCUGCUGCAGGUUCGUUUGAAUCUUCACGGAUUGAGAACCUGCUGCGGCGUGUGGGGGCAUUGAAAGGAGUUGCUUAUAAUAUUCUAGCGUUAGCAUCACAGCGGCUGCUGAAGCUGCUGCUGCUGCCUCCGGUAGAAGACCGUGUGGAUAGCCUGCGUGCGCAGCUGCUGCAGCUGCAGCAGCAGCAGCAGCAGCAGCAGAUCCAACUGCGUGACGAGCUGCUGCAGCUGCCUGAAGAACUCGGAGGGUAUGGGCUUCUAGCCCAUCUGUUUAGAGACCCUCAAUUAGCAGCAGCAGCAAGAGAAAUGACGCUGAGGAGACAGCUGCUAGGCUUAGACCUACAGCUGCAGCAACAACAGCAGCAGCAGCAGCAGCAGGGAGGCGUCCCGUUCACGUGGAGAGAGCCGCGUGAGGAGGGCAGUGCAGCACCAAUGAAUGCGGGUGUCUUUGCUGCUGUCUCCAGUGUAGAAGAGAUGCAGCAGCAGAUGCUGCCGCUGCUGCAGCAGCUCGCACAGCAGCAAAAGGUCCUCAGUCAAGGCGCCAAAGGCGUGCUGCUGCUGAAUCUUCCCCUUUCGAGUGUACAGGCAGGUGCUGCAGAAUCUGACGCAGCAGCAGUCGAGGCAGCAGCAGAAGCUGCUGCUGCUGCAGCAGAAGCUGCAGCGGCUACCUCUCCAGAGGCUGCUGCUGCACUGAAGAACCUCCACAGUCUCCGUCUGCUGCUGCCCACAGCCAGCGGCGACGCGCAUCAAGUGGCUCUUGUGCAGCAACAGGAGCAGCAGCAGCAGCAGCAGCAAGGGCUGCAGCAGCUGAAGCUGCAAGAAGACCCGUUGCAGCGCGGCUUGUCCCUGUCUCAAUAUAUAUAUGGAGAGAUUGAAAAGAUGCGCAGCCUAGGGACAGUGCGGCGGCUGCCGUCUGCUGCUGCUGCUGUUGCAGUGCCUCCAGCAGCAUCAACAGAUUUGCUGCUGCAUGCAGUGUCUCCUAAACCCCCUGCACCUCAAUCAGGAUCCGCUGCUCCGCUGCGGGCACCAGCAUUGCGACCAACGGUGUACGUACACCGCAUCAUUCCUAUGGCGGAUGUUCUGCUGCAGCAGCAAGGGCUGCAACAGCUGCUGCAGCACCUGCUGCAGCAGCUGGAGGCGGCUUUCAGGGACCCCCACGUCCACCCCACGAGCAGCAGCACCAUCGUGCUGCAGCUGCUGCAGCAGCAAACUCCGGCAAGACAAGCAGCGCUGCAGCAAGCUCUCUUUGAAGCCCUUCAAUUGCUGAAGGAAGGUGAAGAUGGGGAGAGGCUGCUGCGUCUGAACGUAGAGAAGGUGGAAUUGCGGGUACCUCAAGAAGCUGCUGCUGCUGCUGGUGCAGCAGCAGCAAGUGGGCCUGCUGCAGCAUCGCAGCAGCAACAGCAGCAGCAGCAGCAGCAGCAACUUGUUAUAAGGGCCUCCAGCAGAGGCGGCUGCUGGCUUGAACCGGAGCAAGUGACUGUGCCUGGAGGUGCUGCAGGAUAUGAUGGGGAGUGCGAUCUACAUGCGUCUGCUGCAGCACGGCUGAAGCAGCAGCAGCAGCAGCAGCAGCAACACCCGCUGGCUCCUGAGGCUUCAACAGCAGAAAGCUCUGCUGCACCUUCUCCUUUAUUAUCUGAGUUGUUUACACCUGAAGGUGGCUCAAUCCGUGAGGGAGAGGGUGGGUCAGCAGCAGCAGCAGGAAGCAGCAGCAGCAGCAGCGGCGGCUCUAGUAUCCACCGCAGCAGCAGCUGCACGAAUGAGAGGCUACCCUUUUCGUGGGGUCGCGGCGGCACUGCAGCAGCAGCAGCAGAAGCAGAGAGAACAGCUCCUCUCAUUCCUCUUAAGGGUAUAACUGAAGAGCAGCUAGCAGCAAAACGAGCAGCAGCACAGAGAGCUGGCAGCACCUACAUCUACGACUUCUUGGGGCUUAUUAAUGCAGAGCUGCAGCAGCAAUGGAGGCGCAGCCAGGAGGCCCUUGCUGCAUCAGGAGACACACGCAAACUUGUUGUUCCGAAUAAGCUGUUAGAGGCUCGAGAGUUUCACUUGGGCCCUGACGGGCGUCUUCAGCUGCAUCGGGAUUGGCUGAUCGGCGACAGCGAAGAAGGUCAACACUUAGGCGUUGAAAAUCUAAGAGGCUCAGGAAAGAUUGCUGGAGAGACGAGCAGAGCUUAUGAUGAAGUCUUUACAUUAUCAAUUGUGUCGGAGGUUAUGCUGCCGAAUGGUGUUACGCAUUUAGAAGUUAAAUCUGAUAAAGAAGCAAUUAAAGAAGCUGUCAGAUGGCUAGAGUUUGUACCCCCUACAGCGGAUGCUAUGCAUACACCCCAUCGUAUUACAGACCCUGUACACCGCACGAUUGAAUUCUCUCCUUCUUCUUCUCCUUACGAUCCAAGACAUAUGCUAGCGGGCCACUAUGUCUCUGAAGCAGCAAAUACCCACACCCAACAGCAGCAGCAGCAACAGCAACAACAGCCCGAGGAACAACAGCAAAAGCAGCAGGAUGAACACCAGCAAGAUCAGCAGCUGCAGCAGGAUCAGGAUCAAGAUCAGCAGCAGCAGCAGCAGCAGCGUUGGGUGUCCGGGUUCUGCGAUAAAGACAGCUUUAAAGAGGUACUGGGGCCGUGGGGCUCAGGCGUUGUUGUAGGCAGAGCUCGCUUAGGCGGACAGCCAAUUGGUGUCAUCGCCGUCGAUGGGCGAACCACAACUGCAGUCGCACCUGCAGACCCUGCAAAUCCAGACAGCGCCCGAGUAGAGACACCCCAGGUAUAUUAA